UGCAUUCCCGAUAUAUAUGAAAUCUCUCUCUCUCUCUCUCUGUUUCUAUGUCUGUUUUCAUCAUUACUUGGACAAAAAUUUCAAACAUGGUGAGAAUUCUUCGCCUGCAGGUGGUGGUGGUGGUGGUUCUAAUUACAGUCGUAGCCGAUUUGAAGCAGCGUCGUCCAGUGGAUGCUGCUACUGCUAGGCCUCGACGGAUUCUCAUGGACACCGAUGCCAAUAUGGACGACGUCUUCGCGCUAUUUUAUGUUCUCAAGCAAAACAGAUCAGAAUUUGACUUGCAGCAAAAAUGACGUUGAUUGCGCGAUGCUUGUGCGCGUGUCGUGUGUGAUAGGCGAUAACGAUAAGUGUGAAUGGAUGGAGUGAUGGCGGCCAUGCCGUCGACCACCUGUACGACAUUCUGUUUAUGAUGGACCGCGACGAUGUUCCGGUUGGAGUUGGAGGCGAAUGUGGCAUCACGCCGAACGGUAGCUUCACCGGCCCCGAGGUCGGCGGUUAUCUUCCCCUCAUCGACCAGGGGAUUUCAACAGUGGGCGGGUGUAGAUACAGGCAAGCUAUCCCGGUGGGAUCGAAGGGUCGUUUGGAUGUCGAUACCAACCUGGGCUUACGCAAAGGAUUUCUUCCUCAGGGCAGCAGGAAGUAUUCUCCGCUUCAGCAGCUCUCUGCACAGCAAGUGAUGAUUGAUGCCAUUUCAGCUGGUCCUAUCGUGGUGUUUCUUCUGGGAUCCCACACAAAUCUUGCCAUUUUUCUGAUGAACAACCCUCUUUUAAAGAAGAACAUUGAGCAUAUUUAUGUCAUGGGUGGUGCUGUUAGGCCAAAUUGUCCAAAUACUGCUAACAACUACUCCAGAUCAGAGCAGUGCCAUCCCCCUGGCAGUCUGUUUCCGGAUAACAGUAAUCCGUAUGCUGAGUUCAAUAUCUUUGAAGACCCUUUUGCUGCAUAUAUGGUAAUUCAUUCUGGGAUUCCAGUUACCCUCAUUCCACUGGAUGCUACGAAUACAAUCCCUGUGAGCAAGGACUUCUUGAAAGCACUUGAACAAAAUCAGAAUACAUAUGAAGCACAAUACUGCUUCAAGUCCUUAAAGUUGGCUCAUGAUACAUGGUACAAUGACCGGUUUCAUGAGACCUACUUCAUGUGGGACUAUUUUAUGGUUGGAGUAGCAAUAUCGACAAUGCAGAACUCCAACGGUAAUCUUGGAGAAAAUGAAUUCUCUCAGAUGGAAUAUAUGAACAUCACUGUAGUUACUUCAAAUAAACCUUAUGGAAUAUCAGAUGGGUCAAAUCCAUUCUUUUGCAGCCAAGCGUUCACUGAAUUCCAUUUGCAAAAGAAUGGGGUGCACAGUGGUCAUGUGCAGACAGGAAUGCUCGACCCGUUCUGCCUUGUCCAUAAUGGAAAAGGCAGAUGUGAGGACGGUUACACAAAAGAGGUAACUGGUCCAGAAGCUGUGCAGGUUCGUGUUGCAACAAAAGCCAAGCAAGAUUCCAGUGUCGACGGUUUGCUGAACAUAACAUUUUAUAGAAGCUUCUUAAGUGUUAUUAAUAGUCCUGAGCAAUCUGGGAGGUUUAGUAUUGCCACACAAUUUCCUUACUACGAGGAAGUCAUGUUUCGACCAGAUUUUGGAACAAGAAAAUUGGGAAGACCCGUAAUCUUUGAUAUGGAUAUGAGUCCUGGGGACUUCUUAGCUCUUUUUUAUCUCUUAAAAUUACCUGUAGAAGUUAUUGAUCUAAAGGGGAUAUUGGUAACUCCAACAGGCUGGGCAAAUGCUGCAACAAUAAACAUUAUAUAUGAUGUUCUGCAUAUGAUGGGCCGUGAUGACAUUCCGGUUGGCUUGGGAGAUGCGUUUGCGAUUGGUGAAACAAACCCAUUUUUCCCUGCCAUUGGAGGCUGCAAGUAUAGCCAGGCAAUCCCUUAUGGCAGUGGUGGCUUCUUAGAUUCUGAUACACUGUAUGGUUUUGCUCGUUACUUGCCUCGUAGUCCUCGGAGGUACACAGCAGAGAACUCUGUAAAAUUUGGGGCUCCACGAGAUACUGAUCAUCCUGAACUUAGGCAACCGUUAUCAUUAGAAGUUUGGAGGGCUAUCACAGAAUCAAUGAAACCAGGGUACAAGAUUAAUAUAUUGACCAACGGCCCCUUGACUACUUUAGCCAAAAUCAUCCAACAGAAUGGAAGCUCCAUGAUUCAGGAUGUGUACAUAGUUGGGGGACACAUUCGCCGUGACAGUAAGGAUAAAGGCAAUAUUUUCACAGUUCCAGGAAACAAGUAUGGAGAGUUCAACAUGUUUCUUGAUCCUUCAGCUACAAAGACGGUAUUCAACUCAGAAUUGGACAUCAAGCUUGUCCCUCUAGACAUUCAAAGGAGAGUUAGUUCUUUCAGAAAGAUUCUUGAAAAGCUACAGCUCACUAAUAAGACUCCAGAAGCUGCGUUUGCUUCCCAUCUUCUCUCAAGGCUAUGGCACUUGCAACAGAAGCAUCACAGAUACCAUCACAUGGAUAUGUUCUUAGGAGAAGUCAUUGGUGCGGUGGUCUUCGCUCAGAAUCACUCCCUUCUGAACCAAACAUUUCAAUCCGAAUCGCUCAAGCUCCAAGCUUCUGGUGAGAUUUCAAGAGUUGGACAGAUCGGUAUAGACAGAAGAAGAGGCAAAUCAGCCAAAAUAUUGAAAAGCAUUGAUAGCGUAAAGUAUUACGAGCACUUUGCCAGUGUGUUGGGUGACCACAAACAGCCUACUUUGAUAGGAAGCUUCGAUGAACAGAAAAGAAUAUGGGGUAGACCGCAUAAUGAUCCUGUGUAAGUCAACAUGCUUUUAAUGCGAGGGCAUAGGUCUGUAACCCGUGCUUUCUAUGGAAAUAUAGAACAAAAGAAAGCGAUAAUGAAGGAUGCUUUGCCUUUCUCCUACUGUGAACCAUGAUAGAAUAACUGCUAUGAAAGAUUAUAGUAAAAAAAUCUCUGCAAUGUUUCAGAUUA